UGGACUUGGGUAUUUCCGAGUUUGUGCAACAAGUUUGCGACUCCACUGAGCGUAAAAGGCAAGUGCGCGUUGUUUUAACACAUCUGGACGCUCUUUCUGUACAACAUGUCCAGCAAACUGGAGCCAUCCACCUACCUGUUCGACGUGCCUCCGCUUUUAAUGGAGACAUUUUGUAAAGUAAUGGACUGCGGGUUCGACAGUCUCGGAUGGAGAGGUUUGGCGGCUCGUAUUCUGCCCAACUGGCUGGAGCUCAGAUGCUCCGAGAUGCACGCAGCUGCUGGAAAGAGCCCGACCCACGAGCUGCUCUGGUCCUGGGCUCAGCAGAACAAAACUGUAGCGGAUCUGAUCACGGUUCUGGAAGAUAUGGGACACUACCGGGCACUCGACCUGUUCCGUUCUCGCGACUCCUACAAAGACCCACCAUCUCCCUUAACAGCCCAGAACAUUUCUAAGCCUCUGCCUCACAAUGAAGAACCAUGCCCGUGUACAGAUCUUCACUAUGAGUGUGUACUCGAUGAAGGCAGACAAAAGAAAGCUCGAAUCACAUACCAAGAGGUCAUAGUGGGAACUAGGAAUUUUCAUCAGGAUUUGAAAAUUGGAGGAAACACGUUUGCAGAGGUUUACAAGGGAAGGCGAGGAAACGAAAACUUUGCUGUGAAGGUUUUCAAGCAGGGGAACAAGAAGUCUUGGAAGGCUUUGUGGGAAAAAUUCAAAACAGAAAUUGAAGUAUUACAGUUCUAUGAUCAUCCCAAUAUCUUGGAGCUGUGGGGUAGUUUUUCAGUGGAUGAGUGCUACUGUUUGGUCUGUCCGUUCAUGUCUAAUGGAUCUCUGUGUCAUAAACUGCAUAAUGAGGAAACCAAGAGUCCCCUGACAUGGCAGGAAAGAAUCGAAAUUAUUAAAGGGACAGCGAAGGCUGUACAUCAUCUGCACACCGCUCAGCCUUGCAAGGUUAUAUGCGGAAACAUCACAAGUUCAAACAUUUUGCUGGAUGAACAUUUGCAGCCCAAACUGUCUGAUUUUGGAAUGGCUCGUCUCAGACCCCACACUGUAAACCAGAGCUGGACCAUCACCAUGGACACAGGGCCCCGCAGCAACCUGGCCUACUUACCAGAGGAGUACAUACGUGAUGGCAAAUUAUCUGUUAAAUUAGACAUUUACAGCUUUGGUAUGGUCAUUCUGGAGACAUGUACAGGCAAGAAAGUAAUGCAGGAGACACCAAAGCAAGCAUUAUUGAGGGAUUUGCUGAGUUUAGAGGCAGAAGAGAAGGGCUGUGUGGAUGCCUGCCUGUGCUUUUUGGACUCCAGAGCAGGAGAAUGGUCCACUGCAGCUGCCCUCUGCCUGCUCCGUUUAGGCCUGGAGUGUACAAGCACCAAAGCUCGAGCCAGACCAAGCAUGGACAAUGUGCUAGAGAAGCUUAGCGAGCUUCUUCCUUUUCCUUUUGCCCUGGAUGAGCAGCCACAAACCCUGGAUGACAUGACUCCAGCUUUCAUUCCUCUUGCUGAUCAUAGGCUGAGCUCCAGCCUGCCUGAAGAGCAUGAUGAAAUGUUGAAGCCUAAUCUCCCUGAACACACAGAACCUCGAGAGUGCAGCCAGUCAGAAGUUACUUUUGUGGGCAAGAAUGAACGUGGUAUGUGCCUGAGGAGCAUCUCUGCUGUGAAUGGAAAGAAUGAAGAUGGAGUUGUGCAAUGCCUUCUGACAGAUGGUGACCCUGCACUGGACCUAUACAGCAGCUGGCCUGUUGAGUGCAGCUGUGCAGCUGGAGCAGAAAUGGGCUGUGAGGACUGCUGUGCCAAUGGAUUUAGUCACAAUCCAUCAUACAGCCCUCAAGAUGACAAAAGACAGCCUUUUGAAAGUACAGUUGAAAAUCCUGCUAAAAGGAGGCUCCAGUAUAAAAUCCAGUUGUACAACCAAGGCUUACUCAAGACAGAGGAACUUCUGUCAAUGACAUCAGACUGAUUCUGUCUUUUCCUUAAUUGGGGUUGUACAUAUUUCAGCAAUACCUCAGUGAUUCACCUGCCAUUUUUUUAAUAGACCACAAACUCCGUUAUUUAAGUAAGUUUCUCAAAGCCAAAAUUUCCCAAGUGUGUAUGUAGGACUUACAGAGAUAUUGUAUUCUAAGGUUGUGAAAAUUUAAAUAUUUUUAAAUGUUUUUAAAUUAUACAAUUUGCAAGCCUUUUUGUAUUUUGCCUAUAAAGAGUAAGUUUUAAUAUAUUGUUGUAACAUUAGCUGCCUUACAUAUAUUAUUCACUAACCAUAACAUGUCAUAUUAAAUAAUAUUCAUAAGGCAGAUCCUAAUAGUCAUUCAUAUUCAUUAGCUUGUCCAGAGCCUUUCACCAGACAGUGAAAUAUUUUGCAUGUAAAUAAAGGCAGAACUUUUUUCAUA